AUGGAUCGCAACAGCCGCAUUCCGAUUCGAGGAAACGUCCUCCUCCUCCUUCAACCGCCGCAAACAGCUCAGCAAACAUUCCGGCCAAAAGACCCAACCCCAGUCCCACUCCCAAACAGCUCAGCAAACAUUCCGGCCAAAAGACCCAACCCCAGUCCCACUCCUCAUCGGAAUGCGGUACCGGAUUCCCGUGGUGCACAAAAGUCCUCCAGUGAAGUCCCUGCCUGUUUGGAGCGUUUGGUUCGGACAAUUGUUCGUAUGUUCUACUCGCGAGAACAUUCACUGAUUGUGGAUAUGUUGGUGCGUAACACAAUCAUGAAAGAGAACGAUUUAUGCGAACGUUUGCGAUUCGAGGAGAAACAAUUGCGACAGUAUUUGCGCACUUUGAAACAAGAUCAGUUUAUUAAAUCAAAGUUACAAUUGGAGACCGAUGCCAGUGGAAAGACGACAAAGAUUACACACUAUUUUAUUGAAUACAAAGUAAGUCCGUCGUAA